UCUCCUCCCGGGCCAUGGCUGCAUGCUGAGCCCGCUGUGGCUCCCGGCUCGGCUCAGCUCGGCUCGGCGGCGGCGGCACCCCUAGCCCGCCCGGCAUGGCUGCGCGAGAGGAGCUGUACAGCAAAGUCAUCCCCCGGAGGAACCGGCAGCAGCACCGUCCCGGCACCAUCAAGCAUGGGUCGGCCCUCGAGGUCCUCCUCUCCAUGGGAUUCCCCAAAGCUCGAGCACAAAAAGCCUUGGCAUCCACAGGAGGAAGGAGUGUUCAGGCAGCAUGUGACUGGUUGUUCUCCCAUGUUGGUGACCCCUUCCUGGAUGACCCCCUGCCCCGAGAAUACGUGUUGUACCUGCGGCCCACUGGCCCCUUAGCUCAGAAACUCUCUGACUUUUGGCAGCAAUCCAAGCAGAUCUGUGGGAAGAAUAAAGCUCAUAACAUCUUCCCCCACAUUACCCUCUGCCAGUUCUUCAUGUGUGAGGACAGCAAGGUGGAUGCCCUGGGGGAGGCCCUGCAGGCCACUGUCAUGCGCUGGAAGUGCAAGUUUUCAGCCCCAUUGCCACUCGAGCUCUAUACCUCCUCCAACUUCAUCGGCCUCUUUGUGAAGGAGGACAGUGCAGAGAUUCUCAAGAAGUUUGCUGCUGACUUUGCUGCUGAGGCCGCAUCUAAAACUGAGGUACACGUGGAACCCCAUAAGAAGCAGCUUCAUGUGACUCUGGCUUACCACUUCCAAGCCAGCCACCUGCCUACCCUGGAGAAACUGGCCCAGAAUAUUGAUGUCAAACUGGGGUGUGACUGGGUUGCCACCAUAUUCUCUCGAGACAUCCGAUUUGCUAACCAUGAGACGCUACAGGUGAUCUAUCCCUACACUCCACAAAAUGACGAUGAGCUGGAGCUGGUACCUGGAGACUUCAUUUUCAUGUCUCCAAUGGAGCAGACAAGUACCAGUGAGGGCUGGAUCUAUGGCACAUCCUUAACCACUGGCUGUUCUGGGCUUUUGCCUGAGAAUUACAUCACCAAGGCAGAUGAAUGCAGUACCUGGAUAUUCCAUGGCUCAUAUUCAAUUCUGAGCACAUCAUCGUCCUCCAGCUCACUCAUGUUCAGUGAUGGCAUUUUGGAGAGGCGGCAGCAAGAGGAGCAGGGUCCAGGGGAGACGUCUCCCCUCACCAUCAUCUGCCAACCCAUGCAACCCCUGCGAGUCAACAGCCAGCCUGGCCCCCAGAAGCGAUGCCUCUUUGUCUGUCGACAUGGUGAGAGGAUGGAUGUUGUGUUUGGGAAGUAUUGGCUAUCCCAGUGCUUUGAUGCCAAAGGCCGUUACAUCCGCACCAACCUGAAUAUGCCUCACAGUUUACCUCAAAGGAGUGGCGGUUUCCGGGACUAUGAAAAAGAUGCACCAAUCACUGUGUUUGGGUGUAUGCAAGCCAGACUAGUAGGUGAGGCCUUGUUAGAAAGCAGCACCAUUGUUGACCACAUCUAUUGUUCCCCAUCCCUUCGAUGCGUCCAGACUGCACACAAUAUUCUGAAAGGUUUACAACAAGAAAAUCACUUGAAGAUCCGUGUGGAGCCUGGCUUGUUUGAGUGGACAAAGUGGGUCGCUGGAAAUACUUUGCCUGCAUGGAUAUCCCCAUCAGACUUAGCUGCUGCCAACCUGAGUGUUGAUACAACCUACAGACCUCAUAUACCAGUCAGCAAAUUAGUGAUUUCUGAAUCCUAUGACACAUACAUCAGUAGAAGCUUCCAAGUCACAAAAGAAAUCAUCAGUGAAUGUAAAAGCAAAGGAAAUAACAUUUUGAUAGUGGCCCAUGCAUCUUCCCUUGAGGCAUGUACGUGCCAACUUCAAGGACUUUCACCCCAGAACUCCAAGGACUUUGUGCAGAUGGUCCGAAAGAUUCCAUAUCUGGGAUUUUGUUCAUGUGAAGAAUUAGGAGAAACAGGAGUCUGGCAGCUGACUGAUCCACCCAUCCUCCCCCUCACACACGGACCAACUGGAGGCUUUAACUGGAGAGAGACAUUGCUUCAGGAGUAGACAACAGCAAAUCAGAGCGGAAACAGGCCCUUUCCUUUGGAGAAGUCUCUUUUUUGUGUUUCAUAACAACAGAGAAAACACAUAACAUUUAUUCCAGUAUAUUUCCUUUCAUGCAGUUUCAUGCUAGAAAUUGUACAUGACACUGUGUAGAUAGAUGCAGGAAAGCUCUUGAUUUGAGGUAACAAUUCACUCUCUCUUGGCCCUCGUCUGACUAAAGCUCAGCAGUGUGGGCUGCUGAGAAUUUCCUUCCUGAAUCAAGGCACCUGUUACAACAGACUUUUUUCCCUGUAUGUUCUGAACUGUGGACUGAGGGACCUCCCACACCCUGGGAGCAGUCAAGCUCAUUCUUAGGAUGAUUGCAAGCCAGAGGACAGACACAAAAUCCAGCUGGGGUGACAUUUGGAAUGGGAUUUUUAUUUACUUCUAUUUGCCUAAUAUGUAAAGCCAAGCUAAGACAUUCAUUUGAGGUGGUUAGAGGAACACACCACCUGUAAAAACUGUCCUCACGUAGUGUGCUAGAUUCUGCCUUGGUGGCCCCCUGAUUAGGCCAGUCUUAACACACAUCUAGGUACUCUACUUUAGAAAUAUGGGACUUGCCCAGAUGUUGCCACUGUCUUGCAGCAGCAGCAGCAGCGGCGGCUGGCUCAUUUUGUGCUGUGCUCCACCCCCCCAAACCAUUGUCUGGCCAAGGGAACUCUUGUUCUCCAAGCACUUUCAGAUCCUCAGGAAGAAGGGGACCUAGAAGUAAGCUAGGACUUGAUAGGCCAAAAGAAGGUUUUGGCUUAAUAUAAAGUGACUUGGAAUUACUCGUUUUGUAGCCUAAUUAAUUUCUCAAAUCAUUGCGUUUUACUUGGCUUAGUCUAGAAUAAUAUAACUUGUUUAGGAUGUUGAGCUUUCAAAGGAACGUACAGUAGGUACAUAAUUUAAGUCAGCAAGAAGCUCAUCUUGUGCAAUAUGUACAUCUUUAUUAACCAUGCCAGUAAGUCAAUUAUUUGUACAUUUACAAUGUAUGUAAUACAUAUUCAAACAUUCAUAAAUACAUUUAUUAUACAAGAGAUGUAUGAAAAGUCAGGGAACUAACUUAAAAUGAUGACAGUCAGGGCCGCACUGAUAUUUGUGCCGUCUCAUUUGUGUGUGUGUUUUUAAAUUAUAAUUUAAAAUAUAUAGGGCUGUAUGAAAAGAUAUGGGGGAAUCAUGUCCUGAGAUUUCCCUUCCUUCCUGAUUACUGCAUACUUUCAAGGGAGUUUUAUUUAAGAGAAAAAAUAAAUGACAAUCAAACCAAAUGUCAGUGUCUAUUUAAUUGUAUGAAUAGCUUAUUGUUGACUGAUACAAGUUUUCAAAAUUGAAUCUGGUACCAUACAGAGAAUAUAAGAAUUUAAGAGAUGGUUGUAGGUAACAUUAAAAUGAAUCCAGCUAUGUCAUUAAAUGGAAUAGGAUCCAAAACCCUGAUGCAUAGACCACAGGUCUUAUAGUAAUAGAUCUGUGAUUUUAAUGAGUUUAUUGGUACCUGAAAAAGAAAGGGAAAAGGCAUGCUACAUAACAUCUUAAUCAACAAAUAGCCUCCUUUGGUGUUUUAUAAAGCAUUUCUGGAUUAUAGAUUUAGGUCUGGACAGAGGUUAAGUGACUUGCCUAUGGUCACAGGUAAUUGGGAGCCAAGCUUGGAUUUGAAUACAGGCUGUCUGUCUCCAAAUCCAGUUCCCUUUCCAUUAGGCUAUCCUGCCUCCCCUGCAGUAGAAAAAAUUGGGGGGACAAGAUUUCUGAGUUUUAUAUUUUUGGUGAAAAAUCCACUUCUAGUCUCCUGUAAAUACUAAUACAGACUGUCAGCAUAGAAACUGCCUACCCAGUUGCUGAUGCAACUGGUUAAUAAAUGUGCUAAAAAUCAGAGCAUCUUGAGGGACAGGGGAGGGAAAGGACCCACUUAAGAUUUUCAACGAAAAUCACAUCAUGGCUAAUAUAAUGCCACGGCUGUUUAUUUGUUACUGGUGUUCUUGAGUCAAUAAAUUCAUUUUUUUU